AUGGCAGUGCCACAGAUUACUCUUUAUGUUGACAUUGUCAGCCCCUUUGCAUACAUCGCGUUCCACGUAUUAAAGAACUCGUCCACAUUCGCAAAAUGCAAUGUGACUUACGUCCCGAUUUUCCUUGGGGGGGUUGAUGCAUGCUUCUCCUACACAGACAAGGAUAAAUGGAUGGGUACAGAGCGCAUGCGAUGGGCAAAGUAUUUCAACGUCCCGAUGACAGAGAAAUUCCCCGAAGGAUUUCCCCCGAAAACACUCGCGGUCCAGCGCGCUCUGUGUGCCAUUUCGCAAAAGUUCCCCGAGAAGCUUCCGGCUGUCAUUGAAGCAGUUUACCGUUCGUUCUGGGUCGAUGAGAACACCCGGAUCGGAGAUGUUGAGGGAUUUGCCCCCGUGUUUGAAACGGUUCUUGGUCAAAAGGCGACACAGGAGGUGCUGUCAGCGAUGACCCAAGGCGAGGUUAAGGCUGAUUUGACUGCUAAUACGGACAAAUCUUUCAAGGAGGGCGCAUUCGAUCUCCCGUGGUUCCAGUGCACGAAUGCUGAGGGCAAGACUGAGGGAUUCUGGGGUAUUGAUCAUCUUGGAGUCGUGGCUGACUUUUUGGGAUUGGAUCGCAGUCGUGAGUCGGGCUUUAGGGCUCUUCUCUGA